AUGGACACCAUUUCUGAUGCUUGGCUGGCCAUCGACAUGGGCCUCACACAAAAAGCUGCCAUCCUCCGUUUCAGGGGACAUUGGGACAUCGACUGCGUGCCCUCCAAGGUGGUACUGGAGUGGACAGAUGAUUUCAUCAGUUGGACGGAGAGGAUGGCUGCAGAAGAAACCGCGACAAACCAGGAGUUCACUGCUUUCACAGACCUUUACGUCUCUCCCAACGCUGAGAACUGGACAAAUGGUGCUUUCUAUCAGGUUGCCUAUGUGGCAGAAUCCGAGAACAGUGUCAUCAUAGACGGCGUCACUCCAGGAUCGCUGUACAACAUUCAUUGUUGGUCCACUGAUGCAGCGAACAGCUCCGGCCCUGAGUUGAACCCCGUCGCAGUCACAACGGUGGACAUGAUAGGGCCAUAUCUGACGGUGACACCCGUCUCAGCGGAGGACUUCAAUGUGACGGUCGGACUGGAACUCCAGGAUCCAGGGAAGGCCUACCCAGCUCUCUCCACCUGUGUGGCGCGAGAGAGCAUGGGUCUGGCUCUGCCGAACCAGAGCCAAAUCUCUUCCAAGGGACAGCGCUGCCAGUACCUCCAAGUGCCACCUACGGACAGCGAGGCUGGGCGAAUGCCGAUGAUGGAAGU